AUGCUCCCCCCCUCCGCUUCCGCUUCCGGGGCGGGCGGAAAGAUGGCGGCGGUCGGUGAGGAGGCAGAGGCGGCGGACUGGGCGCUGCCGAUGGAGGCGGAAGUGCUGGAGUCCAUCUACCUGGAGGAACUGCGGGUGGUGCGGGGCCGUGGCAGGUGGGAGCCCUGGGAGAUCAGUAUCACCCUGCAUCCCGCCACGGCCCAGGACCAGGACUCCCAGUACGUCCGCUUCACCCUGGUGCUCUCCGUGCCCCCCCAGUAUCCCAACAAAACUCCGGAAAUCUCAAUCAGGAAUCCACGGGGGCUGUCAGAUGAGCAAAUUCAAAAGAUUUCCCAGUCCCUCAGAAGCAUUGCUGAAGCCAGGCUGGGGACGGAGGUGCUCUACGAACUGAUUGAGAAAGGAAAGGAGAUUCUCACUGACAACAAUAUUCCUUAUGGCCAGUGUGUGAUCUGCCUCUAUGGAUUCCAGGAGAGAGAAGCCUUCACAAAGACCCAGUGCUACCACUACUUCCACUCCCACUGCCUGGCCCGCUAUGCCCAGCACAUGGAGGAGGAGAUCCUCGCGCAACAGGAGGAGGCAGAGCAGCACCAGGCACCAUCCUCCAAACAGGAAGUUGGUGUGCAGUGCCCUGUCUGCCGGGAGACCCUGGUCUACGAUCUCUGUGCUCUGAAGGCAGCACCGCCCCCACAGCACCCACUGGAGCCAUACAGGCCAGAUGCCAAAACGCUGCAACACCAAGAAGAACUGCGCUUAAUUUUCAAGAGACAGCAACAGAAAGGGGGAAUCAUUGACCCUGAAGCAGAGAGGAACCGUUACUUCAUCAGCCUUCAGGCGCCUCCAGCUGCUGUCAGUCCAAGCCAAGGGGCUGCUGCCUCUGAGCCACUGGUGAGUGCAAGUGCUGUGGGUGCACCCCAGCCACCCAGCCAAGCCUUGGCUCCAGAGCCAGCUGGGGCACUGGAGGCCAGGGCAGAACCCAGGCAGCCUGAGAGGCCUGCUGUGCCCAGGGAGCAGCAGAGCAAGAGGGAAAGGCAUAGAGGGGAAAGGCCAGGCCCCAGAGGCCAGGGCAGGCAGUCAUGCAGCAGCUUGCAGGAACCAGCGGAGGAAGCCUGUCAUCUGCUCCACGGCUCAAGGGGGCCCAGGGGAUUCAGCCGAAGACCUGAGCGGAGACCUGGUGGGAGGCACAGCCAGGAGUUUCCAAAGCCUCACAACAGAAGCAGGGCUGCCACCUUGGCUGAAAGAAAGGAGUUGUGCGCCGAAGACUCCUCACCAGCAACAGAGGCAGUGGACUUGAAAGAGGAGCACUGUGAUGUGGAGAGAUGGACCCCAAAGGAGGAGGCUGAGGCCCAGGGCAGGGAGAAGGAGAACCUGGCAUUCAACCGCAGUGACCACAGAGCAGCCCCCAGCUGGCAGGGCCACCACAGGCCCUGGGAUUGCGGGAGGUGGGAGAGGUCCAGGGUCCAGGAGCGUGGUUCCUACCCCAGAGCGCCGAGAGGGCGAGGGGCUUUCAGGCCCAGUGGACGUCGAGAAGCCCAUCUCCUUGAGAAGGAGAAUGGCUCCUAGCAGGAGUGGUGAGGGGCUGGGCUGGGGGAGGGAGGUGUGUUUCUGGGGGGAGCAGUGAAGGCUCUGGUGGAGCAGUAGCAAGCAGAUGCUGUACCUGUUGGGAGGGAGGAGGCAGUUGGCAUGUGCACAGCUUGAGACAGGCAGUGUCUCCAGGGUACAUGCAGAGUGAAGCAUCCUGGUGUGAGCGGCUGGCUGUCACCAGCGUUGGAGAAGCUGACUCCUGACAGAUCAUGUCAGCCUUGGUCUCGGAGGGCCCAGGGGACAGAGGAAGCCUUGACCAGGGACCUGCAGCCAUCAUCCCUGUAUGUGAGCUGCCGAGAAAUGCACAUACCUACAGAGCAAAUGGACUGAGCCCAGCUUGAUGCGAUAGCAGAGCCAGACUUGUGGCAGGACCUCCCCUGGAAGACAGCAUCCCAGCAGAGCAGUGGUGGUGCCAAGAGAUGAGGCUGUGCCAGUGCAGCAGCCUGGAGCUCAGCUUGCUGUGUCCCCAAGUCCUCAGAGUACUUUCUCAACUGCUGUCCCUGUCCCUUGGAGGCAACAUUGCUUCUCCUGCAGCCCUGACUGCUGCUCAGCCGAUGGGCUUCGCCAGGCAAGUCCUUUGUAUGACAAGACACUUCCCAGUCCCAGGCAGGAGAGCUAAAUUAAGGUUAAGGCAACACAUUGGCAGGUCAGGGCUGUCUGGUGGCUGAGGCUUUGGGUUGGCUCCUGCUCCCCCAGGAAGCUUGAAUCUAGCCAGAGCUCCUGCCCUGUCCUUCAGCUGCUUUUGUGCAGUCAGAAGCUGAUGGGGGAGACCUAGGAGGAGCACUCUGCUCUGCGACCUGUAUCUGCUGGGAUCCCCCUCUAAGGCCAGGCUGUUUCUUGGAGCUCCUGACAGCCUGGAGUGAAGACACGCCCCAGUACUUUGGAUAAUCUUACCCUCCUUUCAUCUUCAAGAUGACCUUGCCCCAAAGAAAUGAGGAUUUGCUGUUUAAACUAACUUGGUGCAGUUCCUUCUGCUGCUGCUUCACAGAUGUAAACAGUGUCCCGCUCCAGAACCCUGCCAGGUGAUCCCAAGCCUCUGAAGUGGGACACUGCUAUUAAAUUUAUUUGUUGGGUUUUCUCCAGA